GCUUUCAGCCUGUCUGGAUUUGUAUCUCCAUUCGGACCUGUGUUCACUAGACUGCAUCAGUUAAAAAUCACUCAGAAUGUCGUUUGUACCAAAUUUUCCUCCGUCCCUACUGCAAAAAAUAAAGGGAGAUGAUGCCGGAGAUGAGAAAAAGAGAAGCAAAGAGGAUUUCAAGAAAAUGAAAGAGCUUGAAGAAGCCAGAAAGUUGGCCGUCAUGCCUGCGAUGAAGGAUGAAGAAGGUCGCGAUAUAAACCCUCAUAUCCCUCAAUACAUUAUGCAAGCUCCUUGGUACUAUGGGGCUAUGCAUCCUACUCUCCGUCAUCAACGAAUGCGGGAUGACGCUAAGAGUGGAAUAUCGGGAAGCAUGAAGGGUUCUGCUAGCCUCAACGUUUGUCAUAAUAAAGGUGUCAUCGAGAAAAAGGUUCACAAAUACCGUGACGGGGCUUGCGAGAACUGUGGAUCUAUGUCUCAUAAUAGAAAAAACUGCUUGGAAAGACCUCGUAAGAUCGGAGCCAAAUUCACUGGCAUCGACAUAGCACCAGAUGAAUACGAGCCGGUUCAGGCGGAUCUCGGGUAUGAGGCCAAGCGCGAUCGUUGGAAUGGGUACGAUCCAUCGGAGCACAAGAAACUUUUAUUGGAAUAUCAAAGGCUAGAAGAAGCGAGAAAGUUGGCGAAGGCGAAGAAACUUGAGGAGAAGCUGGCAAAGGCAGCUGAGAGCAAUGAUGGGCAGGAAGAACCUGCUGCCUCUGCAGCAAAACCAGCCCUCGAUGAGGACGGCGAUCUGGAUAUGGAGGAUGGGGAUCGGUAUGGGGACGAACUCGAUAUGCCUGGACAGAAAUUUGACAGCAAACAUCGACAGUCCAUCCGAAAUCUGCGUAUUCGCGAGGACACCGCUAAGUAUCUCUUCAACUUGGAUCCGAAUAGCGCUUACUACGAUCCGAAGACACGUGCUAUGCGUGAGAAUCCUUUCGAAGGUACCGGAAAACCCGAAUCUGAGGUGCCUUUUGCUGGGGACAAUUUCGUUCGUUAUGAUGGUGAAGUGCAGGAUAUGGUCCGGAGUCAGGUGUUCGCUUGGGAAAUGCACAACAAGCUUGGUCUUGAUGUUCAUUUGCAAGCGGAUCCGACCCGCUUGGAACUUUUAUCCAAAAAAGUGGCAAAAGCUAAGGAGGAUGUUCAGUCGAAAAUUCGUCAAGAAAUUAUGGAUCACUACGGUGGGCGUGAGCAUCUGGAGCCAAUCCCGCGCGAGCUUCUUCUCGGUCAGUGGGAGACCUAUGCCGAAUAUUCACCUACCGGCCGAGUAAUCAAAGGCGUAGAAAAGCCCACCGUCAAGUCCCGAUAUGAAGAAGAUGUCUACAUCAAUAACCACACGUCUGUUUGGGGAUCCUACUGGUUCAACGGACAAUGGGGCUACAAGUGCUGUCAUUCACUGAUCAAGGAGUCCUACUGCAUUGGGCAGAAAAGCAGAGGAGUGGCUUAUCCAAAGGUGCCGGAUGACCCAACAGGAGGAGCUUUAUCUGUACCACCCCCGAUGCCCACCAACGGAGACCACUCGGGUGACGAGGACCAAGGGGCGUCGCAUCCAAGAGUUGGCAAAACCCGUCGAAGUCGGAAGCGAAGGAGGAGUGGAAGUGGCAGCUCCAGGUCAUCAUCGAGCUCUUCCGCAUCCUCUGAGUCUUCUGUUAGCUCCUCAUCCUCCAGCAGUUCUGAAGACCCAUGUACGAAAAAAUCAAGGCCUGAGGACUCAGAAAAAGAACCAGAAAUCACAGCAGAAGUUAUGGAAAAUUAUUACCGCACACGCAUCAACCGCGACGAUCCCAUGGCUCAUUUCAUGUAACACAUAGUAUUUAUGCAGACUGUACAGUUUUCUUCACUUACGGCAAUAUAAUUUCAUUGUUUU